AUGACACGGGAGCAGUAUAUACUGGCAACACAGCAAAACAGUCUGCCAAGAACAGAAAAUCCUCAAUUUUAUCCAGUAGGGAUUUAUGGCUGGCGAAAGAGGUGCUUAUACUUCUUUGUCCUCUUGCUGUUGGUUACCAUGAUCGUUAACUUAGCCAUGACAAUAUGGAUCCUGAAAGUAAUGAAUUUCACAGUGGAUGGAAUGGGAAAUCUCAGAGUCACCAAAAAAGGAAUUCGACUUGAAGGGAUAUCUGAAUUUCUACUUCCAUUGUACGUGAAAGAAAUCCAUUCCCGAAAGGAUAGUCCACUGGUCUUACAAUCUGAUAGGAAUGUUACCAUGAAUGCAAGAAAUCACAUGGGACACUUAACGGGACAGCUGACUGUAGGUGCUGAUGCUGUAGAAGCCCAGUGUAAGAGGUUUGAAGUUAGCUCAAGUGAAGAUGGUAGGGUGCUUUUCUCUGCUGAUGAAGAAGAGAUUGUCAUUGGGGCAGACAGACUGAAGGUCACCGGCACAGAAGGAGCUGUAUUUGAGCAUUCUGUGGAAACCCCCCAUAUCAGAGCUGAACCUUCUCAAGACCUCAAGCUUGAAUCACCUACAAGAUCUCUGAUAAUGGAAGCUCCAAAGGGAAUACAAGUGAGCACAGCUGCAGGGGACUUGAAAGCCACUUGUAGAAAAGAGCUACAUUUGCAGUCUACAGAAGGGGAGAUAUUUUUAAAUGCAGACUCAAUCCGACUAGGGAAUCUACCACUGGGGUCUUUUCCCUCAUCUUCUUCACCCAGUUCAUCGGCAACAAGACAGACUAUCUAUGAACUCUGUGUUUGUCCGAAUGGCAAACUCUACCUUUCCCCUGCUGGAGCAGGUUCCACGUGUCAGUCCAGUGGCAACCUCUGCUUGUGGAGCUGA